AUGAGGUCUUUGACCCGCCUCAAUGCGGGGCGUCUGUUCAGCACUGCUGUCCCCCGCCGUUCCGCGCAACCCUUCUUCGCAGAUGAGCCCAAGGCCCCUUCAGUGCAAACUGCUAUUCCAGGUCCCAAGAACCAAGCUGCAGCCAAGGAACUCAGCGAAGUUUUCGAUACUCGCAGCUUGAACCUUCUUGCUGAUUAUGAAAAGUCAAUUGGAAAUUAUAUUGUCGAUCUUGAUGGUAACAAAUUCCUUGAUGUCUACGCACAGAUCGCCUCUAUCCCCGUGGGAUACAACAACCCUCACCUGGCUGCUGCAGUCAACACCCCCGAGAUGGUCCGCGCCAUCAUCGACAGACCUGCUCUUGGAAACUUCCCUUCUGCAGAUUGGUCUCACAUCCUUCGAACUGGACUUCUGGCAGCCGCUCCCAAGGGAAUGAACCAGGUCUUCACCGCUCUGGCGGGAUCCGACGCCAAUGAGCUUGCCUACAAGGCUGCCUUCAUAUACAAACGCUCCCAGGAGCGUGGAGUUGGUGCUGAUUUCACUGAAGAGGAACUGAAGUCGACCAUGGUAAAUGAGGGCCCUGGUUCUCCUCAGAUGUCCAUCAUGUCAUUCAAGUCAGCUUUCCAUGGUCGUCUCUUUGGUAGUCUGUCAACCACCCGAAGCAAGCCCAUUCACAAACUCGAUAUUCCCGCCUUCGAUUGGCCCGCUGCCCCCUUCCCCAACCUCAAGUACCCCCUUGAGGAGCACGCCAAGGAGAAUGCCGAGGAAGAACAACGCUGUCUCCAGGAAACCGAGCGUCUCAUCAAGGAAUGGCACAACCCUGUCGCUGCUGUUGUGGUCGAGCCUAUCCAGUCUGAGGGCGGUGAUAACCACGCCUCACCUGCUUUCUUCCAGGGUCUCCGUGACAUUACCAAGCGUAACAACGUGCUCUUCAUUGUUGAUGAGGUUCAAACUGGUGUUGGUGCAACUGGUAAGUUCUGGGCUCAUGACCACUGGAACCUGACCACUCCUCCGGACAUGGUCACCUUCUCCAAGAAGGCUCAAGCAGCUGGUUUUUACUAUGGCAACCCUGCUUUGCGCCCUGCCCAGCCAUAUCGUCAAUUCAACACCUGGUUGGGUGACCCAGUUCGUGCCAUCUUGUUCCGUGCCAUCUACGAGGAAAUCCAGAACAAGAACCUUGUUGAGAACACUGCCCUUACUGGCGAAUACUUGUACAAGGGUCUUGAGACUCUUGCUCAGAAAUACCCCAACGCUAUUCAGAACCUUCGUGGCAAGGGCCAAGGAACUUUCAUUGCUUGGGACUCUCCUAAUCGCGAUGAGUUCCUUGCCAAAGCUAAGACUGUGGGUGUCAACAUUGGUGGAAGCGGUGCCACCGCUGUGCGUUUGCGACCAAUGUUGAUCUUCCAGAAGCACCAUGCCGACCUCUUCCUCGAGAAACUCGAGAAACUCCUCGCAUAG